UUAUUUCGGCCAAUAAAUAAACCGCUGUCGGCCGACUACAAUUCAGUCGAUGGCUGUUUUCCUUCACAUUAAAACUGACGUCAACAACCCAUUAUCUGCCCUUAGAACGCGACGAUAAGAUGAAUAAGAUAAAAUGGCUGACCGAAGUUUGAAAAUUUUAAUCCGCUGAACAAACGAAAACGCACACUUCACACUCGUGUGAUAUCUGCUAGAACUUAAUACCAUCCAGCUUAUCGAUGAUUUCAUACAGCAGAUUCACAGCUUAUUACGUCACAUGAGAUAUGAUUUAUCUGUAGGCUAGUUAUCUGACAUUGUCAGAAACGAAAUCUUAUAAACAAUGAUGAAUUUGAGAAAAUCGACCUCCUCAUAUGUUAUGCCGAGGGUGAGAAGACUGUCAUCUUAUCAUGGCUAUCAAAAACAGAAUCCAGUGGUCAAAAAAGAGAAGGCACAUGUGUGGCAGAGCGUUCAUUGGGCUGACUCAUUUCCUGAUGAAACAUUUACAAUGGAUUCAACAGAUAUUACCCCACAUUACUCCACCAACAAGAUCUUGACCUUAGUAGAAACCAAACGAUUUGAAGAAUGUGCUAGAUUUAUUUCUAGAUUGAAUACUGAUAUUGUUAAGACCAUUUUAGUUGAGUUGCCUAUAAGUCAUCUGCAUCUUCAUGUACCUCAGAGUUUAAAUGUGUUGGAUGCAAUUUACACCCAAGUACAGCAAGCUUGUUUGACCAGUUUUCCUCUUCAGCAGUUAAGAACAGAUGAGUUACUAAAAAACAUGGUCAUCUUGUUUUCGCGACCACCAAAUUCUAAUAACCAAGACAAGAACUGUAACAUGUAUUUUCCAUACUGUCGAAAUAUUUUGAAGAUUAUCACUGUGGCAGAACCCCAGUUUUAUAAAAUGGUGAGACAAAAGAAACAGAACAUUGACCAGUGUUUAAAAAAUCUUGGUAAACAUGGGAUGGUCAAUUCUGUAUCUGGACGAUCCAACAGCAAAAUGAUAAGUCUUCAUGAUGCACUGAAAGUUGAGUUUGAGAGAGUUAUUUCCCUUUACAAAACUGCUUUACAGAAGUUGUUAGAAUUUAGCCUGUCUGCAAAAAAUCCUUCUGAAAGUAGUGUAAAUUCUGGCCCUGCUCCUAGUGAAGCAAGUCAUCAACGUAUGCUGCAAGUUCACAAAGAAGAUAUUCAAGAUCGAUUGAUCAAAAACAAAACUGUUUUUAAUGUGGUAGAGCCAGCAGUAAUGAAUCAAGCAUUAAAAAAUCUAAUGCAAAUCCUAGAGAAAAGAAUAGAAUAUGAUAAAAUGAUUUUAUUUCAAGAAACAGAACUACGUAAACUUUAUGGGUGUGACAAAUCAGCCUAUGUUUCAGUGACUAUGCGACAGUAUUCUCAAGCUUACAUGAUGCUUAUUCAGAUGAUCCAUGAUGGAUGUGGAGAAUUCCUGGAUCUUGAUGGUUUGGAUGAAACUAGUUCAGGUGAAGAUGAUAUAUAUGCCACACCUGCAAGUGUUUAUUCUAAGAUAGAUCGACUACGAGCUGUUAGUUUGGAUGCAUUAAAUGAUUAUUCAGGGGGAAGCCACUCAGGGAGAAGUGAAAGAGGGAAGACUUGUAGAAUAAGUUCACCACUGCUAGCAGGUGGCCUUUUGAGUAUUCCCUUGCGUAAGCACAGCAGAGACAGUUCUCCACUUUACUACAUACCAGAAACUGAUGUUAAAGGUCGUAAUAGCAGCACAUCCAGUAUAGGUCCACCGAUCCCAAAACCAAGAAGUAAGGUCCUUUCCACGCAACCCGACAGCAUGACCUCCUCGUACGUUAAGAUGGUUGACAGUCCAGCUGAUUCAUCUGAAUCAAGUUCUGUUCAUACUUUAAAAAGAGAAGUAGAAUAUUUAACAAAAGAGUUAAACCAGGCCAGAGAGGAGAUUAAAAGAUUACAAGAAAGAGAAAAACAAUUAAGAGACAGAUUAUCAGAUCAAGUCCAGAAACAGUUUAACAGAAGUAAUCAACAUUUUGAAAAUCUGAAUCUUGGUACAAAGCGCCCAACAGAAUUAAUCCGUCAGUAUGGUAAUCUUUAUACAGAUGGAAGAUUAGAUGCUUUAGAUGCCCUUGAUGAUUUAAAAGAUUUAGAAGAACUCAGCAUUCUUAAAACAAAGAUUCUUUUCUCUAUUAUAGUUUUAGCAUUCCGUUCAGCUCAAGAGAUGAUAGAUUCAACCAGAUCUCAAGUAUACAAAACUUUGAAUAUACCACCAGAUAUUGCAGCUCAUGAUACACUUAGUCUUGAUAUACAGCAACAUAUUGACAGAUAUCUACAACAAACAUUUGAUAGAAUAGAUGUUACAUCAUCUGUUAAGAAUGUUUGUGAACAGAUUUAUGAAACUUUAUUUGAUUAUCCCUGUCUACGAGAAUGUGAAGGUCUGGUACAGUUUGUUGACGAAUGUGUGCAAAUUGCACUGGGACUAUUGAUUCAAAACCCACCCUUUGUGAUAUCGUAUAGUGAUUUUGAAUAUAAGCGUGACAACCAUGUGAGAUUUCACACAUCAGAUCCGGGGUCAGAAAUAAUAAAAAACUACCUGUGGCCAUGUUUGUUGGAAGGAGAAGGUGGACGCUGUGUAUCUAAGGGUUAUGUGGUCACAUGAUGUUAAUCAGGAAACUGUUGUGUCAUUGAAUGACAUCUAGCGGCCAGAUAUUCAUGUGGUCAUGCAGUUAACUGGACAAACAAAUAUUUGAAUAUAUAAGCAUGUGUAUGGACAUCAAUCAUUGGAGUAAAUUUAUGAUAUUAAAAAUAAAACAAAAUUUCAUUGCUCGCAAUUGAAUACUGGUAAAACUUGACAGAUCACAGAACAAUGGGUAGACUGUAAUUCAUAAUAAUAAUGAAAAUACACCCAUUUUCAAUGACUGGUGAUUAGAUAGCCUUUUCUCAAACCCCUUGUACUGUUUCUAGAGUGACACCUGUCUGCACGUUCUCCCACUCCAAAUGAGACCACUGCAUGUCAUCAUAUUGUCAUUGAAUUAUUGGAAUAUCACUAGUCAAAAUACUAAACAAAACCAAAAAUACAAAAAAAGUAUUAUUCAAUUAAGCCAACUAGUGCUAGUCAGCUCACAACUUUACAGUCAAAAUUCAAACUACAAAAUCCUUGGUCAUGUGACAAUAAACAGCCAAAAAUAUGAUAAUACCUCGGUGACAAAACCAUUUCUAGUUAUGUCACAAUAGAAAAACGUCUUUGUAGAUAUAUGGAGAAACAAGUGAUGAAAAAACAGUGGUGAUAACCUUACAAUGGAAAAACUAUACUUUGAUUUUAUGAAAGUUAAAUUACAUUGUAACAAACCAAACGAAAAGAAAUAUAUUACCUUAGAGAUUUCAAGCUGUGAUACUUGAUUUUAGAUAGUUAUUAACAGAAUUAAUCAAAAUUUAUGAUUUUGUUUGAUAUGAAUGUUAGAUAUUAAAUACAAAUGAUGUCUAUAGAAUAGAUCCUAUUGGGUAAUCAACACAAAAAAAACAUUAACAUAUUAACACUUAUCAAUCACAUAUCACUUUACUGUAUCACAUAAACUUUUGAAAUAUUUAAUAAUCACCCAUAAUAAUUACUAUUUUCUUACUAAACACCAGUGUCUUUGUGAACACUGGGAUAGAUUGAUGCAUAUUGUUAUUACUUGAUCUAUUGAUUAUUAUUAUGUAUGCAAUUAUAUGUUAUGCUUUCAGGGAAUAUAACUGAUAUAUUAUACUAUGGAUAAUAUCAUUUUGCAAAGACAUAAUAGUGAAACAACAAUAUUGUAAUUUCAUAGUUAUAGAUAGUAUAAUAUCUAUUCUAGACAGAUAUAGACAAUAUUUCUAUUCUAGAUAGUUAUAAAUGAUAUAAUGUUUAUUCUAGAUAGUUAUAGAUAAUAUUUCUAUUCUAGAUAGUUAUAGAUACUGUUUAUUCUAGAUAUACAUAGGUAAUAUGUCUAUUCUAGAUGUUAUAAAUAAUAUUAUGUCUAUUCUAGGUAGUUAUAGAUAAUAUUGCAUCUAUUCUGAAGCCUACAUUUAUAUUUUCAAUUCCACCUUAUUCAAUUGUUAACACUAUCCCAUUCUAUAGUGUGUAAGCCAAAGUUUUGGCUUGGUUAAUUACAUGUACUUUAAAUGCUAAGCUGGACUAUCACACCAAAGAAGUAUGUUAAAAAAAAAUCACAUGAUUACCAGUACAUUCCUUAAGAUAAUGUAGGCAUUAGUGCUAUCUCAAAUCAAAAUAUGAAUCUCUUUAUAUAUAAUCAGAAGAUAUGUCAUGUUUGAGAAAUAAAUUUGUAUUAGUUCAGGUAAUUAAGGCAUUCCAAGUGCUGAGAAACUGCAUGAUUCUACUCCCCUGAAAUAUUUUGUUUAAAGUUUGAAUGUGAAGGAGAAACACCCAAUUUUAUUUCAAAAUUGUCUCACCACUCACAAUUGACUUAAUUCAGUAUGCAUUAUGUUAUAACUAUAAUGUUAUAUUAUCAUGUAAUUUUAUUAAAUACCUUCUCAGUAAAGUAUUUUUGAAAAAAAAUGAGAAACCCUGAUAUUUUAUCACAAAUCAAAAACUUUUAUACAAAAAUAUCAUUUAUAUGCUUAUUUAUAUAUACUGGGAGUUUAUAAGAGUUUUUAUUUGUUAAAUGUAUUUAUAAAAACAUACAUUACAAUUUAUUCAGCUGUGUCAAUUAUUUCAAUAACAUCGACCUUUCUAUUUGUUAUCUUGCCAGCACUAUAUUUUUGUUAUGAAAAUAUAAGUUUAUAUUAA